AUGACUACCAGCUUGCAUGAUUCAAUAGCCUCAUUAGACCUAGCGUCAUUGAAUUUCAAUGUUGCGGACAUAGCUGAAGUGGAAUUCGAAGUGAUGAAAGAUCAAGAAAAAGCUGAGACAGUCUCGAGGGAAGACCUGAUGAGCAGCUUCAGCAAAUUUGAUUCCUUAGUCACUCCUGAUGAUUUCUCAGAGGGCAAAGAAGAUGAUGGAUCAGUGGAUAUUGUGAAAAAGUUCCUUAAUCACUAUGAAGCUGCACAUCAUGAUAUCACCGCCGACCUCAGAGCAUUUCAAUCGAGCAUUGGAACACUGAUUCCUGAGACAAAAGAUAAAGAGAAUCGAAAGACGAAGAAGGGACCUGGCAAAAAACGAAAAGAAUCACGCAAAAAAAGUGAUGAGCGUAGGUAUAGUGUCGAACGAAGGCUUGAAGAGGCUGAUGUAUCGCCAGUUCUUCCAAAUGACCCCCCACAGGUCAACACGUCAUCAGCUGCUUUGCAAGAUCUACCACAUGCACCGCCCAUGGGCGGCAAAGACGACCUGACGGGUAUGAGUAUCUGCGCUGACAUGCCUCUUCCAGUUACACCAAGUGCUUCUUCUUUUCCAGAGAGAAGUGGAACUCUUCCCGAUGCGUCCACCAUGUCAGCAAAGGAAAUCCUAGCCGAAUUGAAGGGUCUCGAUGCCAAAAAUAUGAAUUUCAUCGAAAAAUCCGAGAUGAUUGCAGCAUUGAAAGAUGCUCGUUCCAGUGCAAAUUGUACCACUACGAACCGCACACAGAAACCACCCAAGCCAGCACAAAACAGGACCGUCGAUGGUGCUCCGAGCACCCCCCGUGCUUCUCGCACCAGAGGUCGUUCCACGGAACCUUCCCCCCGUAGCAUAUCCGCCUCACCUAUUCGGGCCCACUUGAAUAACCUCAUGGUUGUGAUGGAUCUUGAAAUUAGCGAUGAAAAGGAACCAAAGACGCCGAGACAAAGAAAGAAGGGUUUGAAAAAGGUUCGAUCCAAGUCGGCUGGUACAUUUGAUGUUGGUGAUUCUUCGCCCGUUAAGACAAGUAGUUCCUGGUGGAACCUUAGCAGCACAGAGGAGACCUCCAAGAGCUCCAAGGAAUCAAAGAGCAGCCGACGAAAGAAGGGAAUGCGAAAGGCCCGAUCGAGUAACGCACUUGGUGAUGAUGAUAAUAUUUUGGCCGCACGUCUCAAAUUGUCCAAAUCUAGUGCCAAUGAUACUUGGGAUCUGACUCAGACACCAGGGAGACGAAGAAGGAAGGGUUUGAAAAAGUCCAACUCCAACCCUUUACUUGAUAUUGAUGCGCUGCCACUUUCAGGCGCCUUUAUAACCUCAAAAUCCAACAAGGCCAACAGUGCCUUGGAAGAAACACCCAAGACGCGCAACCGAAGCAAGCUUAAGGGCAGAUCCAAGUCGAAUGACAGUCCUCUUGACGUCGACAACUUGCAACCGAGACUCCAAAAGAAAAACAUCCAUUCGUGGUGGAAUAUGAUGGUCGGCGAUGAGAGUUCCAAGAGCUCAAAAGAAUCCAAGAGCAGCCGACGAAAGCGGGGCUUACGAAAGGCCAAAUCCAAUAAUGCUAUUGAUGACUUCAUUGAUUAUGAUGACGAUGAUAUUGCUGCUGCUGCUGCGCCCAAAUUCAAUGGAAAUGCUUCUUGGGAUCUGACUCAAACCCCCGGAAGGCGAAGAAAAAAAGGCUUGAAAAAAUCCAACUCAAACCCUUUACUCGAUGUUGAGCCACCACUUCCCGGCGCCUUUGUAACCUCCCCCUCCAAGGCCAAUGACUCGUUUGGUCUUGGUGGUGAUGAAAUAGGAACCAAAAAGAAGAAAAAGAAAAAGAGAAGCAUGUCGUUGAGACGAUCCAGCUCCAAUCCUACACUUGGCGUUUAUGAUGUAGAUGGCAACGACGAUGGCUCGUCCAAAAGAUCAAAGGAGAGUGCAGGAAGAAAGAAAGGUCUGAGAAAGUCUAGUUCUGGCAGCAAACUGGACAUUGAUGCGAUUUUGGCUGACGGUGGCGGGUUAUCGAAAAAGAACAAGAGAAGCAUGUCUUUGAGAAGAUCUGCCUCCAACCCCACACUUGGCAUUCAUCUGCACAGCAGCGAAGAAGACGGGUCGUCCAAGAGAUCCAAAGACAGUGGUGGAAGAAAGAAGAAAGGAAUGAGAAAGAAUAGAAGAGCGGACAUGCGAAAGUCCCGAUCCAAUCCUACUAUCGACGUGGACAUCCCACGUGAGAUAUUUGCCGACGUCAUUGCUGCCCCCAAAGCCAACUUUUCCUGGGACGAUCUUCGAGGAGGAGUCAAGGGGAAAAACCAAAGACAACAGCAACAGCAGAUGCAGAAGCAGAAGCAGAAGAAGCAACCGUACAAGGAGAAACAAACCGUCUUGUACACAAGCACCAAUGGAGAAAAGGAAGAAGCUGUCAUUGUCAAGGUUUAUCUGGACGAUCUUUUGGUUCCAUUCUAUGACAUUAAACUGAGUAAGUGUGGAAAGGAAAAGCAGACAGAUGACAAUCAUUUGUCCGCUAUCAAGUCCACCACCAUCAACAACACUAGACGAACAAUGCGCAGCCAAAGUGUCGACGCAGCUACUGCAAGGCGCAGCAAAAGCAUGGACGUAGCGACGGCUGCUCGCGGUCGUCGUGUGGAUGCCAGUCCGGUCUCUGUGCGGCGACGACUCAAAAAGCAGGCUCCCGGUGCCCCCAAUAUCCACAAGAGCCCCGUUUCCAUGCGACAAAAGUUAUCCAGUGCCCAGUCUCCAGGAAGCUUGCGCAAGGUCUAUCGUUGUUUGUAA